GUGACAAAUCUAUGAUUAAGAAGCGUUACAUGUAUUUGACCGAAGAAAUUCUAAAAGAGAACCCAAGUAUGUGUGAGUACAUGGCACCUUCCCUUGAUGCCAGGCAGGACAUGGUGGUCGUUGAAAUUCCAAAACUCGGCAAAGAAGCUGCCACCAAGGCCAUUAAGGAAUGGGGCCAGCCCAAGUCCAAAAUUACCCAUUUGGUCUUUUGCACCACCAGUGGUGUGGACAUGCCUGGAGCCGACUAUCAGCUCACUAAGCUCUUGGGCCUCCGCCCCUCCGUCAAGCGCCUCAUGAUGUACCAGCAAGGGUGUUUCGCCGGCGGCACAGUGCUCCGGUUGGCCAAGGAUUUGGCUGAGAACAACAGAGGUGCUCGUGUUCUCGUUGUGUGCUCGGAGAUCACCGCCGUCACCUUCCGUGGGCCCAGUGACACUCACCUUGACAGUCUAGUGGGCCAGGCUUUAUUUGGUGACGGUGCAGCAGCUAUUAUUGUGGGUGCAGACCCAAUUCCCGAGAUCGAGAAGCCCCUAUUUGAAGUGGUGUCAGCAUCCCAAACCAUCCUUCCCGACAGCGAUGGAGCCAUCGACGGUCAUCUCCGUGAAGUUGGGCUUACAUUUCAUCUGCUCAAGGAUGUUCCCGGGCUUAUUUCGAAGAACAUUGAGAAGAGUCUGAACGAGGCCUUCCAACCUUUGGGCAUCUCGGAUUGGAACUCCCUAUUCUGGAUUGCACACCCAGGUGGCCCAGCAAUUCUAGACCAAGUGGAGUCCAAAUUGGCCCUGAAGCCUGAGAAAUUAGAGGCUACAAGACACAUACUAUCAGAGUACGGAAACAUGUCGAGUGCUU